UAUUUAAAGCUCUUAUGGAACUGGCAAAUGACAGUUCUGCAAUGAAAAAAGCCAUAGCCCCACUUCACCAGAACAGCCUUUUCAUUUUCUGCUGUGAAACUGCAUGGCUGGUGAAACAACAUGCUGGGCCCAGCAGGGCCACCAAGUGAUUUGUGUUGAAGUGCACAAAAAGACCACUCAGAUAUCUAAAAGAGCAGCAGGUAAGUCCAAAACUGGUGUUACUUUCUGAAACUGCACAAUUUAUCUCAUAAUCGAUUAUUGGUUUUUUAUUUUAUUUUUAAUAAUGAAUAAAUUAUUACUAGUUAUAUUUUUUAUUGAUUCAUGGUUGGCCUUUCUAUGUCAUGUGUUAUAAGAACUGCCGGAGCACACGUAGAUAUUCUAGAAUCCAUACAAGUGACAUUUUGCUUUCUGGGUUUGCUCCAAGUUUUCAUUUUGGCUCAUUUUCUGUUUUUGUUUUUUGGGUGGAAAGCUUAUAGAGGGUGGCGGUGUCUCUCUGGAAUUUGGAGUGGUUUUGGGGUUUUCUUUAAAGCUUGGUUUAUUAGAUUUUUAGCUAUCUUCAAGCACAGGGUUUUCUUACUGUGUCAGGUGUUUGAAAGAAGUCUCAAGUUGGUCAAUUAGCUUAGUACCUGAGGAAAGUCCCAAGUUUUUCAACCGGUGAAUCAUAUAACGAAUUCUGAAUUAUCUGUAACAGUGCUCUAGGUUAACACUCCAAGAGAGUGCUGUUAAUUCGCGUCUCCUUCUGGGAUCAAGUACGUAGAAAUAGGUCCUGGGAUUUUCUAAUAGGUGCUUGAAAAUAGAAUCAGCUUUAUUUUGUUCUUUGGGAAGCUUUGAAAGGUCUGAAUGUGCCAUUGCUUAUACAAGCCAUGGCAUCAGUUGUUACUUCCCGGGUAUUGUCUUAUUUUUUGACAAAUUCAGAGCUUAAGCCUAGGUCUCGAGUAAGAGUUCAAAGCGUAAGUGGUAGUGACUCAAAAGGAUUGCCAUCCGAUUCUGUUCAAAUGAAUGGAGCUUCUUUGACUGGAGAGGAAGAGAAAAAUGGGGUGUUGAUUGAUCGAGGCAUCAGGGAGAAAGAGAAGACUGGGGGUCGGGCUGAUGCAUGGAAUGCGAGUUUAAAGUGUGGAGUUGAGAAAAAGUGCGUUAAAGAUGUUAUUUCAAGUCACUUAGAUGUCCUGUGGGAUGAUGGUUAUGGGACUAAGACGGUGAAGGAUUAUUUUGAAGAAGCCAAGGAGAUGAUUAGGCCUGACGGGGGGCCUCCCCGGUGGUUUUGCCCUGUUGAGUGCGGGCAACCGUUAAAAGAUUCUCCAGUUCUUCUGUUUUGCCCUGGGCUUGAUGGUGUUGGCUCUGCACUGGCUCUGCAUCAUAAAGCUCUUGGGAAGGUUUUUGAAGUUCGAUGCCUUCAUAUUCCAGUGCGUGAUCGAACACCAUUUGAAGGGCUGGUGACAAUUGUUGAAAAGACUGUUAGGCUCGAGCAUGCCUCAUCUCCAAGUAAGCCAAUUUAUCUAUUGGGGGAUUCCUUUGGGGGAUGUCUUGUUCUUGCCAUUGCUGCUCGUAAUCCUGAAAUCGACCUUGUAGUGAUAUUGGCCAAUCCAGCUACAUCAUUUGACAGGUCACAGCUUCAACCCCUGUUCCCUCUUUCAGAGGCCUGGCCUGAUGGAUUAUACAAUGCAAUGCCCUAUCUUCUUAGCUUUAUUAUGGGUGAUCCGGUGAAGAUGGCAAGGGUCAAUAUUGAUCAUAGACUACCUCGCAGAUUACAAAUUGAACAAUUAUUUCAGAAUCUAAUUGCUUUGCUACCUUGUCUUUCUGAUUUGGCUGAUAUAGUUCCAAAAGACACUCUUAUUUGGAAGUUGAAACUGCUCAAAUCAGCAGCUUCUUAUACUAAUUCCCGGAUUCAUGCUGUGAAAGCUGAAGUGUUAGUCCUGUCAAGUGGUAAUGAUUACAUGCUUCCUAGUGGAGAUGAAGCUCAGCGACUGAAAAGUUCAUUGAAGAAUUGCACAGUUCGUUAUUUCAAGGACAACGGGCAUACUAUUUUGCUGGAAGACGGUGUUAAUUUGCUUACUGUUAUUAAAGGUACUGGCAAAUAUCGUCGUUCAAGGACGAUUAAUUUUGUAACAGACUUUGUGCCACCAAGCAUGUCAGAAUUCAAAUACGGAAAUGAUGAACUAGUUGGGUUGUUAAGCUUUGCUACUGGUUCUGCCAUGUUCUCAACUUUGGAUGACGGGAAGAUAGUAAAAGGUCUUCAUGGGGUUCCAAAUGAAGGUCCUGUCUUAUUUGUUGGCAACCAUAUGUUGAUGGGACUUGAAGUUUGUUCCCUUGUCUUAGAGUUCUUGAGAGAGAGAAAAAUCAUGGUUCGUGGUGUAGCACAUCCAGUUGUACUUGGAGAAAGGGAGUGGGUUUCAUCUCCUGAAUUUUCUUUUACUGAUUGGAUGAAAGUAAUGGGUGCAGUACCUGUCACAGCCAGCAAUCUUUUCAAAUUGCUGUCAACAAAAUCUCAUGUGCUUCUUUAUCCUGGAGGUGCUCGGGAAUCCCUUCAUCACAGGAGUGGCUUUUUUUUUCUUGCCAUAAUCUUAAUGGCUGACGCCUCACCACCAUUAUUGUUAACCUGCAGGACUACAUAGACCACCUUGUUUUUGCCACCAGCAAAAGCACCAUAUUCUUCUCCCAACUGAAACUUUAUUAUAACAGUAGCUUCAUCUUCAUGUUGUAUCUAUUACCAUCACACUCUAUGUUUCUUCUAACCUUAUUAUUAUGCCACCACCACCAUUUCUUAUAUAUUAAAUGGUUUUUUGGUUAUUGAGUAACUGAAACAAUAAGAAGUGGAAUUCAAGUUUCUGUGGUUAUUAGUUUAUAAACUGUACAAAUUGUAAGAUUUCAACUUUUGGAACUAGGAUUUGUAGCUUCCGUGUUAGAAAAUUGUGGAAAAUAUCAUGGUACAGUAGCUGAGAUCUUGUAAUGUGGCUUCUGUUGUAAUCUGACUUUUAGCAUCUCUUGGAGAGAUUCUUAUUGGGCCACUAUCUGGCUGCCAACUUUUUUUUUUAUGCUUUUUGGGAGGAUUUUUUUGAGAAUGGGCAGUGGCAUGUUCUUUUGCUUUCAUACAAGCAGUUGUAGGUGGCAUGCGGCAUAUGCAUAGGAAAUUUAACACGAGCAAGUUUCAAAAUUAUAGAAAUUCUGUUUCCUGAGAUUCCCCUGCAACAGCAUAUUUUCGUAUGAAUGAAAUUGUUUUAGUGGCAGGCAAGAAGGGUGGUUAAAGGAGUACAAAUUAAUCCUUAUAGUAAAAAACUUUCACUUAUGCCAUUGAAGCAGGAAGGUUUUAUCAUGCUCACCAGUCACCCGUAGAAAUUGAAUUGCACUGGAUAGCUGUCCAAGCGCAAAUCUUUCCCUUGUCUAAUGCUUUUUUUUUUUGUGUGUGUGUGUGUGUGUGUAUGCAUUCACUUUUCCACUGUUAUAUCCUUCAAAUUCAAUUGCAUGUUCAUGUAUAUAUGCCAUUGAUACUGCAUACAAACUGCUAGGCCAUUGGCUCCAUCUUUACUAAUUAAUAAAGAAAAGUUUAGGUAAGAUGAAGGCGUUUACCAUGAAACAGGAGUCACUAUGCUGUGAAGUAUUUUACUCUAACCUUUUUCUUGAGAUUUAUGAAUGUGUUAUUUCUUGCAUUUUAUUUGUCUAAAGCUUGGUUCUGUUCAAUCAUGAAGCUUUUGCA